GGAGGGCAGUCACAUCCCAGGAGGUACCUCAGUGACUUUGUCAGCUGCUUCAUCAUGGACCUGUGCAAACUAGCUUUGCUCCUGGGAGCCCUAACCUGCACUGCAUCCAAGCCUCCCACUCUCGUCCCACAUCUGACCUGUUUCACCGGUAAAGGUGAAGCAUACCGAGGCACCACUGCUGUAACUGAAUCUGGCAAAACAUGCCAGAGGUGGUCGGCUCAGACGCCACACCAACACGACCGUACGCCAGGCAACAAUCCCGGAAAAGGCCUGGUUAGCAACUACUGUCGUAACCCUGACAAUGAGAGAAGACCCUGGUGUUACACUACUGAUUCUAAAAGCCACUGGGAGUACUGCAGUGUGCCACGCUGUGAGGAUGCAGUCAGACCAGCAUCCAAGCCUCCCACCCUCAUCCCACAUUUGACCUGUUUCACUGGUAGAGGUCAAGCAUACCGAGGCACCACUGCUGUAACUGAAUCUGGCAAAACAUGCCAGAGCUGGUCGGCUCAGACACCACACCAACACGACCGCACUCCAUACAAUAAUCCCGGAAAAGGCCUGGUUAACAACUACUGUCGUAACCCCGACAAUGAGGGGAGUCCCUGGUGUUACACUACUGACCCUGACAGCCGCUGGGAGUACUGUGAUGUGCCGAGCUGUGAGGAUGGAGUCGGACCAGCAUCCAAGCCUCCCACCCUCAUCCUACAUCUGACCUGUUUCACCGGUAAAGGUGAAGCAUACCGAGGCACCACUGCUGUAACUGAAUCUGGCAAAACAUGCCAGAGCUGGUCGGCUCAGACGCCACACCAACACGACCGCACGCCACAUAACAAUCCCGGAAAAGGCCUGGUUAGCAACUACUGUCGUAACCCUGACAAUGAGAGGAGACCCUGGUGUUACACUACUGACUCUAACAGCCGCUGGGAGUACUGCAGUGUGCCACGCUGUGAGGAUGCAGCCAGACCAGCAUCCAAGCCUCCCACCCUCAUCCUACAUCUGACCUGUUUCACUGGUAAAGGUGAAGCAUACCGAGGCACCACUGCUGUAACUGAAUCUGGCAAAACAUGCCAGAGCUGGUCGGCUCAGACACCACACCAACACGACCGCACACCACACAAUAAUCCCGGAAAAGGCCUGGUUAGCAACUACUGUCGUAACCCUGACAAUGAGGGGAGUCCCUGGUGUUACACUACUGACCCUGAUAGCCGCUGGGAGUACUGUGAUGUGCCGAGCUGUGAGGAUGCAGCCAGACCAGCAUCCAAGCCUCCCACCCUCAUCCCACAUCUGACCUGUUUCACUGGUAAAGGUGAAGCAUACCGAGGCACCACUGCUGUAACUGAAUCUGGCAAAAUAUGCCAGAGCUGGUCGGCUCAGACGCCACACCAACACGACCGCACGCCAGACAACUAUCCCGGAAAAGGCCUGGUUAACAACUACUGUCGUAACCCAGACAAUGAGAGGAGACCCUGGUGUUACACUACUGACCCAGACAGCCGCUGGGAGUACUGCAGUGUGCCACGCUGUGAGGAUGCAGUCAGACCAGUGAACAUCCUGGAGUGUACAUUUGGAACAGGAAAACAAUACAGAGGAACAAAGUCCAAAACAAAAACAGGAAAGACGUGUCAGAGUUGGGCAGCAAUAUACCCACACACACCUAACUUCACACCGGAGGAAUAUCCCCGAGCAGAUCUGUAGUCCAACUUCUGCAGGAACCCUGAUGGAGCCAGUGAGGGACCCUGGUGUUACACCACUGACCCAGACACCCGCUGGGAAUACUGCGAUGUAGCCACCUGCACUGAUGAGUGUAUGCACUGCAAUGGUGAGGACUACAGAGGAAAAAUCUCCAUUACAGAAAACAGCUACACCUGCCAACGCUGGGACUCCCAGGAACCUCACAGCCAUGGCUAUGACCCUCACGUUCUUUCAGAUAAAGAUCUUGUAGAGAACUUCUGCAGGAACCCAGAUGCAUCCCCCCGACCAUGGUGCUUCACCACCGACCCGUCCACACGAUGGGACUAUUGCACCAUACCCCGCUGCACAUCCAAGCCUCCAACAAUUGUCCCAGAGCUGACCUGUGUCACUGGUAAAGGUGAAGCAUACCGAGGCACGACUGCUGUGACUAAAUCUGGCAAAACAUGCCAGAGCUGGUCGGCUCAGAUGCCACACGAGCAUGACCGCACGCUUGACAACUUUCCCUGCAAAGGCCUGGAUGAGAACUACUGUCGUAACCCCGACAAUGAGGAGAUGCCCUGGUGUUAUACCACUGACAGUGAAACUCGCUGGGAGUACUGCAACUUGGAAAAAUGCACAACCGAUUCUUCAGAAGAUACACCCACAACCACACCUGAUCCCCAGCCCCCUGCUACUACAACUCCACCACAAAAAGAUUGUAAGACUGGAAAUGGAGAAACAUACCGGGGUCCAACCUCUAUCACCACUAAGGGUGUGACCUGCCAGGCCUGGAGUGCUCAGAGCCCUCACCAACACAAGAGCUUCACCCCAGAAACUCACCCUGACAAGGGGCUGGAGGGAAAUAGCUGCAGAAACCCAGGCAAUGAUGCGAGCGGACCAUGGUGCUAUACUACUGACAAUAACACAAGAUGGGACUACUGUCACAUCCCAAACUGUGUUGAUUCGAAAUGUGGGACGCCAGUCACCAAACCAAAGCAUUGUUUUGGUCGGAUCGUAGGAGGCUGCGUGUCUAAACCUCACUCGUGGCCCUGGCAAAUCAGCCUCCAGACACCUGAGGGAUCUCAUUUCUGUGGGGGAAGUCUGAUUGACCAUCAGUGGGUCCUUACUGCUGCACACUGCCUGCACCAGUCUGAGGACCCUUCAAACUACAAGGUACUCCUGGGUGUCCACACAAAGUCAGGCAAUGAGCCAUCGCAACAGGAAAGGAACGUGGAGAAAGUGAUACGCGAACCCAACAACGCCGACAUUGCUCUGCUCAAACUGCAGAGCCCUGCAAUGAUAAAUGACAAAGUCCUGCCCGUUUGUCUGCCAGAGCAGGACUACAUUGUUCCCACUAGAACUGAGUGUUAUGUCACCGGAUGGGGUCGAACCCAAGGUACGGGAGGUGAAGGUGUCCUGAAGGAAACUGGGGUUCCUGUGAUCGAGAACAAGGUCUGUAAUAGUCCACAGUACAUGAAUGGCUUAAUCAAGGACCAUGAGAUGUGUGCUGGAGUCAAUGAGGGAGGAAUGGACACCUGCCAGGGUGACAGCGGUGGUCCUCUGGUGUGUAAUAGCCAGAACAGUUACAUCCUGCAGGGUGUGACUUCAUGGGGUGCUGGAUGCGCCGCUCCUAUGAGACCCGGCAUCUACGCUCGAGUCUCCAAGUUUGUCAACUGGAUCAACAAAGCCAUCAAUGAAAAUUAAAAACCAUCCACCUAAAAAUAAUCCAGUAGCUUCAGUCGCAGAAAGUGACAUUGUGCUCUUUGAAGAUACUUUAACAUGCAUGUACCAUUCUGCUCCAACAAGACUACUUCAGUUUGUUUCCUGGUCUUGUCUGAUGUCAACAGGUGUUUUGUUUUCUCUGUAAACAAAAUAAGACAAUCACAUGUCUGGUUUUGGCAUGUAAAGGUGUCUCUCUGUAAGAGCUGAAAAAUAAAACUUAAUACAAAUGAAA